UUAUCUCCAUUCUCUACUGACUUCAGUUUCUUCGUUUACUUAUAAAUCAUUCAUUUCCUUCUUGUUCCCUGAACGAUCGACUCAACUGUGUUCAAUUUGGGGAGGUUCUGCUAAAAAUUCAAAUGCCUCUACAGGUGAGAUGAUGUCUGAUCACCGUAUUACCCGCCCACGCAAUGCAUCCUACUCAGCAGGGAAAGUAAGGCAUGUGUGCCACCAAUAUUGGCAAAGUUGUAGAUGUGAAUUUAUAUGAAAAUAUUGCUUCAUAUAUAUGCUGAGUAUAGGAAAACUUAAACUAUAGCCACUCAAUCUAAAAGCAGGGCUUUAAUAAUACAUCCAAGAUAAAACAAAAAGAUAUGCGACACUUGUUGGUAAUUUUCUGGUGCUGCAUAUUCCAUAUGCUUUGCGCUACUACCGGGGGACGAUAUAUCGACUACGAGGAAUUUCCUUUCAAAAGUUACGAAGAUCCCGCGUUCCCCGAAGGUACGCUCUACCAUGAUCGAAAGAACUUGGAAGGACCUGUUUUAAAUAGAUUCAGCCAAUUUCUAAGGGCGCAACGUGAAAGCAGUUCCACACUGAGUGAUGAGCAGUUCGUGCAAGAAAUGUUUUCAUUUUUUGAUGUCAACAGAAAUCAAAUGAUAUCAAAAAGCGAGUUUCGAGCUGCUCUAGAAUUACUUGGUAUUGUAAGAUGGAACUUUUAACGGUGACUCUAAGAAACGGGCAGGAAAUUUAAAACACAUACGAAUAUAUAUGUAAGUCUAUAUAUAUAUAUAUAUAUAUAUAUGUAUAUAUAUGCGUAUAUAUGUAUGUAUAUGUACCUGUAAAUACAUAUAUAACAUAUAUACACACACAUAUAUAUAGCCGUGUAUAUACAUAUAUAUACAUAUACGUAUAUAUAUAUAUAUAUUUACCUACAUAUACCUUAUGAAAUUCUCGGAAGUGGCAAUGUCGAUACUCACAGAAGAGAACGGUGCUAAAUGCAAAAACCGAAACUUCUUGAAUGCAGGACUGACGAAUUUUCGAGACAAGUUCUUGAAUGAAUGUGGUACAUUUUAGCAUUCCAAAGAAAAAAAAAUGAAAAAGAAAAAAAGAAAAUUAUAACAAUAAUAAACUGAAAAUUGUAAA